UACAUUAUUGUAAUGAUUGGUUGCAAGUCAUCUUCCAAGCUUCCAAGAAUGCUUUAUGAAUCUUUCUUUAUUUUUGUGUGUAUGACAAUGACUUCAUGUAGAACUAUCAAAAGAGACUCUUUCAACGACGAAAAUGUCCAAAAGCUCAAACUUGAAGUUAGACAACAACAGGAUACAGCCGACAAAAUCAUCCAGUUCAUCACCAACGGCCCAGCAAAGCAUCAAGUCUACGAACGACUCGCUWAUUUUACCGAUACCUUUGGAUAUCGCGUGGCUGGCUCUAUAAACCUAGAAAACGCCAUUGACUACAUGCUCGAGGAGUUACGGAAAGACGGAUUGGAAAACGUCCACGGUGAGCCAGUAAAUGUGACUCAUUGGGUCCGGGGGAGGGAGUCAGCACAGAUGAUACAACCAAGGAAUCAUCAAAUGAGUAUUUUGGGGCUUGGAUCCAGCGUCGGAACACCCCCAGAAGGAAUCACUGCUGAGGUUUUGGUGGUAAAGUCGUUUGACGAGUUGAAACAGAGAUCAAAUGAGGCAAAGGGCAAGAUCGUGGUCUUCAACGAGAAUUACAUCUCUUACGGGGAAACGGUGGCUUAUAGAGACUAUGCUGCCUUKCAUACCGCAGAGGUUGGGGGCGUCGCGUCUCUUGUUAGGUCGGUCACGCCUUUUUCUAUUAACAGCCCUCAUACUGGAUGGCAAGAUUACAAAGAAGGUAUCCAGAAGAUCCCCACGGCUUGCAUUACUGUUGAGGAUGCCGAAAUGAUGAGCCGUAUGGCUGCCAGAGGAACAAAAAUCGUCAUCACACUCAAGAUGGAAGCUAAAUCUUUACCACGUGUAUCAUCAAGAAAUACUGUUGCAGAGAUUAUAGGCAGCAAAUACCCGGAGCAGGUGGUGCUAGUCAGCGGUCAUUUAGACAGUUGGGAUGUCGGCCAAGGUGCGAUGGAUGAUGGCGGAGGGGCUUUUAUCUCAUGGCAAGUACUCUCCGUCAUCCGACAAUUAAACCUCCGACCAAAACGUACACUCCGGGUGGUACUGUGGACUGGUGAAGAAGAAGGACUCCUCGGUGGUAUCCAAUAUUACAAUGUCCACAAGCUCAAUAUCAGUAAUUAUGACCUGGUACUGGAGUCCGAUGAAGGUACUUUUAAACCACUUGGACUUGCCUUCAAAGGAUCUGUUCAGGCCCGUGAUAUUAUGCAAGAAGUAUUAAAUCUGCUAAAGUCAAUAAACGCGACCAAGCUUACCACCAGUGAUGUUGGAGGAGACAUCGUGGAAUGGGUUAGAGGUGGAGUCCCUGGUGGUACAUUGUCCAACGAAAAUGAUAAGUAUUUCUACUUUCAUCAUAGUGAUGGGGAUACCAUGACAGUUUUAAAUGCUGAUGAGCUGGACUUGUGUGCAGCAACUUGGGCGGUUAUUGCUUAUACAGUAGCUAACUUGGAUGAAAUGCUACCACGAUAAUAGUAAGACCCCUAUCGAUAUUUUAUACAACGCUUGACUUCAAAAAUCGAAUAUGUUGUGAGACCGGAUUCAAUGCAUUUAAUACGUGUAAUUAAAUGUAAUUAAUAUAGA